ACUCUUAUUUUUUCCAAUAUUCUGAAAACACGGAGAUGAAAAUACUUAUGGAUUAAAAAAAUUCCACCCCUUGAUUUUUCUCAGAAACAUCCCGGGGGGUUUUGGCAACCUUCAGAUCGGUGCCUGGCUUUGCAGGGAUCUCAGGAGAUCUUGGAAUAGCUGGCCGGGGGAGCUCUUCCACAUCUGCCUGCCUGGGUGUGACCCGACCACGUCGUAUCACGGGCGCAGCACAUCACACACUUGGAAGAACCUUGCACCGGCAGGGAGGUGAGGGGGGAAGGAAGGAAGCCCCGCUGACGGACGGGACUGGGAGACGGUGGUAGGUGAUGAUGUGGAUUCGGGGGGCUACACUCCGGCUGACGCAGUGAAGGAGCUCGGCAGCUCUCCGGGAGCAGGAAUGAAGGCAUGGCGGACAUAGACUCCAUAAAUUCCCCGCCUGCCUCUCCCUUCCUGGGGCUGCGCGUCACCUCGCCGGGAAACUGCAGGUUAACCCAUGACAUAAGCUUGGAAGAGUUCGAAGAUGAAGACUUGUCGGAAAUAACGGAUGAAUGUGGGAUCAGUCUGCACUGUAAGGAUGGUCUGGCGACUCGGUCCCGUGUGACCCUGGAGACCAACAAUGCGGCCACCACAAGUGGAAAUGACACACGUACGAUCCAGGCGGAGAUGUUGCAGCUGGACUUGAUUGACGCUGUGGACGAGGUGGAGGAGGAGGAAGAGGACAACGGACCCCGGCAGGAAGCCAACCCCGUCAGCAUGGCGUCUUACAGACCCAAGAGACCGACGACCUUAAACCUAUUCCCACAAGUUCCACGCACGCAGGACACACUGAACAACAACUCGUUUGGCAAAAAGUACAGCUGGCAGGAAAAAGUGUCGCGAUCGACCUCCCCGCUCAAGACAGGAGAGGCGAGCUCCGCUCACGAUCACGUAUGCCUCGGAGAUGAGACCAAGCCAGCGGGCAGCACCAUCGACAAGGGGACCACCUCUACUCAGGCCAACGCUUGCAGGCGGGCUCCAGUGGGGCAGAGCGAGACCAUAGCUCCCACUGGCGUGGGACGUUCACCGCCCUCCCCGGCUGAGCAGCGGGCGCGAGGCAGCGGCGGCCAACACGAGGAGCGCAUCCACUACCAAACGCAGGUGGAACUAGAGGCGACCGAGGAGAUUUACCUCACCCCAGUGCAGAGGAACUCGGACUCUUCGGAGAGCGAGAAGCCCUUCCUCACCCGCUCCAAUCGCAACAGGAUGUCCACCAGCUCGGACGCCGACUUCACCCAGUGCUUGGCCAUGCCCGAGAAGCCCAAGCCCUUCAUCAGCGAGGAGGAGGAUGUCCUCUCUGGCGUGUCCCCUGCCCGGGGGCCCUUGCUGGCACGAACCGCCCUGGCCUCCAGCGAGCAGUGCCCGCGGGCCUCGGUCAGCUCGGACAGCGUGCUGUCCUACGACUCGGUCAAGUACACGUUGGUCGUGGAUGAGAACGUGCAGCUGGAGCUGGUGAGUCUGAAGCACUGCUACUCCGGCUACAGCGACGACAGCGACUCGGCCACCGUCUAUGACAACUGCGUCUCCUCGCCCUAUGAGUCGGCGAUCGGCGAGGAGUACGAGGAGGGCGCGCUGAAGAGGGACUCCGUCUGCCUGUCGGAAGACUCCACGCCAGAAGCGGACAUUCCCUUCUCCAAGAAGUUCCUCAAUGUCUUCAUGAGUGGAAGGUCAAGGGCUUCUAGUGCAGAAUCCUUUGGAUUGUUUUCCUGUAGAAUAAAUGGAGAAGAAAGAGAUCAGACACACAGAGCCGUGUUCAGGUUCAUACCACGGCACGACGACGAGCUGGAACUGGAGGUUGAUGACCCUCUUCUGGUGGAGGUGCAGGCUGACGAUUACUGGUACGAAGCCUACAACAUGAGAACAGGCGACCGAGGAAUCUUUCCAGCUUACUAUGCACUCGAAGUAGCCACGGAACCAGAGUACUUUGCAGCUAUAGCAGAAAAGAAUGACUGGGUAGACAACUUUCAUCUGAAAUUCCUGGGUUCAGUGCAAGUGCCCUACCAUAAAGGGAAUGACGUGUUGUGUGCAGCCAUGCAGAAGAUCGCAACAACGAGAAGAUUGACUGUGCAAUUCAAUCCUCCUUCCAGCUGUGUGUUGGAGAUUAGCAUGCGGGGAAUUAAAAUAGCUGUGCAACUCGAGGGACCUGGUGCCUAUGAGAAGGGCAGUAAAUGCAGUCACUUCUUCCAGUUGAAGAAUGUUUCAUUCUGUGGAUAUCAUCCAAAGAACACCAAAUAUUUUGGGUUUAUUACCAAACAUCCUUCAGAUCACCGAUUUGCUUGCCACGUUUUUGUCUCCGAGGAUUCAACAAAGCCAAUUGCGGAAUCAGUAGGGAGGGCCUUCCAGCAGUUCUACAAAGAAUACAUUGAGUACACGUGUCCAACAGAAGACAUCUAUCUGGAGUAGAUGCCUCUGGAGGUGCCCAAACCGCUCUGGACUCAUCACAUCUCAUUCUCAAACCCAGCGUGAUGCAUGGACACUGAGCCAGUGGCUCAAUAUCAGGAUCCAGAAUGAUGCAACAUCUCAAUUCAAACCAUUUUACCUAUUGUUACUUUUGGUCAUGCCUCAAGGAUUAACGGCAUACACCGCCAUGAGUUUAUGACUUUUAUCCUGUUCCUCUGCAAAUCCAGACCCACCCAUCUAGUGUUCCAUUGGUUCACGGCUAAACUGUUCUUGCUUGCUUCAUAACCCUUGUGAUGCAUUUGGUACGCAGUGGGCCAGUGUUUAGAUCUGGCUGGAGGAGAUGACGCCAAAGCGACAGGGAGUUACGAGAUUUGUUGUAACGAUGACGUUACGCUUUAUUCAUUGAUAGUGUUGUGUGUAAAGUUCUUAAAAUUUGUUCAUGGAGUGUGCAACAUGGUUUAUUUAAAGGUUUGAUGACAGCA